AUGAUUGCAGUUCUACUAUUCGUGGCUGCUGUGCUCUGCUAUAUAUCCUUCAGGUUCAAGCGGAGACGGCUUUACGAGCUGGCCGCCCUUAUCCCGGAGGCGCCGAUGCCGAUCCCGUUUAUCGGGGCACUACAAUACACAAUAAGUUUCGAAGACCCGUCGUUCAAUAUGAUGAACCUUAUUAAACUCUUCAGUACGUUCGCUGUUAAGCAAGGAGGUCUUAUAAAACUGUGGGCCGGGCCAAUUUUAUUUGUUGGUAUAACUGAUCCAACUGAUUUGGAAUUCGUAUUAAGAAAAUGUCUGGAAAAAUCAAACGUUCUUUGGUUACUUCAGACCGUCAUUGGAAAUGCCGGAAUAUUUGCGCCAGUGAGCAUAUGGGUACGACGCAGAAAACUAACAGUUCCGGCGUUCAGUCCGAGGAUAAUCAAUAGUUACAUAGAUGUACUCAUUGAGAAAAGUGAAAAUUUGGCACAAAGCUUUUCGGUGGAAAACCUUGUCGGUACCGGUACUUUCAAAGCCUGGUCUCAUGUAAGUUCGUACACCCUGGAUACCAUAUUCGAGACAGCACUUGGAAUAACUGACAAUGGGUCAAAUCCAGAAAGGAAGAAAUUUUUAGAAGAAUCCACAAAACUCCUAGCUUUGAUCACACAUAGAGGGUUACGCGUUUGGCUCUGGCCAGACUUCAUUUAUAAGUGGACUAAAGACUAUUCUCAAUUUAUAAAAUCACGGAAAUUUACCUAUGAAUUCACAGAUAAGAUUAUUCAAAGAAAAAGGAAAGAGUUAGAAAACGUCGAGAUUGAAGAUGCUCAUUUACAAAACGGUGUUAGCAAGACUGUUAGGUGUUUCCUGGAUAAUCUCAUUCUCUUAUCAAGAGCAGAACAAAUCACUGAUACAGAAUUAAGAGAAGAAGUUUUGACAUUCUUAUUUGGUGGAACCGACACCUCGUCAGUGUCCAUUUGUAACACACUCAAGUUGUUAGCGAAAUAUCCCAAAGUUCAGGAAAAGCUGUAUGAUGAGCUAAUGGAAGUAUUAGGAGAUCCCAAAAGAACGAUUACCAAGGACGAUUUGCCCCAACUUAAAUAUCUAGAACGAGUAUUAAAAGAAUCGCUACGCCUAUUUCCACCUGCACCAAUUACACUUAGGAAAGUCCACGAGGAAACAGAAUUACCAUCAGGUAAAAUAUUGCCCACGGGAUCUCAUAUUUUUAUCGGCGUAUGGGCCGCCAGUCGUGACCCGAAAUUCUGGGGCCGAGAUGCAGAUUGCUUUGAUCCAGAUAGAUUUCUCCCGGAGCGACAAGUAGGGCUGUUCAUUCCAUUUAGCUGUGGGCCAAGGAACUGCAUUGGUACCCAAUUCGCCUAUAUGUCAAUUAAACUAGCGCUAACAGCGAUUUUACGACGAUACAGAAUAACCGGCGAAGAAGAGUCAGGUCCUGUUCCUCAUAUGGACUGUUCUUUCAAUAUCAUGAUGAAGGCAAGGGACGAUUAUGAGAUAGGGCUAGAGAUGCGAUGA